UGCCCAACGAACGAGAUGCUUUGCAAGAGCGCCGACCGCUGCGUUCCCAAGACGUGGCGUUGCGAUGGUGACGCGGACUGUCCCGACGGUUCGGAUGAGCAGAAUUGUGAAAGCAAAGUAUGCUCGUCGGAGGAAUUUACGUGUCGCAGCGGAACCGGAAACUGCAUCCCGCUGGGCUGGAUGUGCGACCAAAAUCGCGACUGUGCCGACGGAUCCGAUGAAGUGUCCUGCAAUGAAACUUGCCGCUCGGAUGAAUUCACCUGUGGUAACGGACGCUGUAUCCAAAAGCGCUGGGUAUGCGACCGUGAUGAUGACUGCGGCGAUGGUAGCGACGAGCAGAACUGCCAACCGACGACGUGCGAUCCGCUGAAGCAGUUUUCCUGUGCGGAGAACUACUGCAUCACCAGCAAAUGGCGCUGCGACGGGGAACCCGACUGCCCAGACGGUUCCGACGAGACGGGAUGUGCUAAUCCACCGCCACCGACCUUCUCGACCUGUCUGCCGAUGGAGUAUCAAUGCAAUGACCGGAUCACCUGCAUCCAUCGAAGCUGGAUUUGCGACGGCGAGAAGGACUGCCCCCGAGGUGACGACGAGAUGCCACCGAUCUGUCAGAAUGUGACCUGCCGCUCGGACCAGUUCCAGUGUAAAAAGGACAAAACCUGCAUCAACGGGCACUUUUACUGCAACGGCAAGAAUGACUGCACUGACGGAAGCGACGAGCAGAACUGCGGGUUGACGCUUUCGAUUGUUUCUCCCACAGGCAAUCGACAGACUGCCAAGUGCAACCCCAAGACGGAGUUUGAUUGCGGUGGUGGAAUGUGCAUACCGCUAGCGAAGGUUUGUGACAAGAAGCCCGAUUGCCCCGAGUUCCAGGACGAACCCGCCGAUAAGUGUGGCAAGAACGAGUGUCUGGAGAGUAACGGUGGCUGCUCGCAGCUAUGCGUGGAUACACCUGCUGGCUUCUACUGCGACUGUAAACCAGGCUUCAAGCUGGCCGACAAUCGAACGUGUGUGGACAUUGACGAAUGCGAAGAAUCCGGAUCGUGCUCCCAAAACUGCACCAACGAGAUCGGCACCUUCAAGUGCGAAUGCAUGGAUGGCUAUCUGCGCGAUCCAAGAGAUCAUACGCGAUGCAAGGCGACGGAAGGACACGCCUCACUGCUGUUUGCACGGCGCCACGACAUUCGAAAAAUCUCGCUCGAUCAUCGCGAGAUGACAUCGAUCGUGAAUGAUACCAAAUCGGCUACGGCACUGGAUUUCGUUUUCCGCACCGGCAUGAUCUACUGGAGUGACGUAACGGAGAAACGCAUUUACAAAGCACCGAUUGACGAAGGUUCGGACAAGACGGUCGUCGUGAAAGAUCAACUCGUAACGUCCGACGGGUUGGCGGUGGAUUGGAUCUACAAUCACAUCUAUUACACCGACAUUAAAAAGUCAACCAUCGAGCUGACGAACUUCGAUGGCAACAUGGGCAAAAUUCUGAUUCAGGAUGAUCUGGAAAUCCCGCGCGCAAUCGCUCUGGAUCCCAUCGACGGAUGGAUGUACUGGACGGAUUGGGGCACUAAUCCGCGUAUCGAACGCGCCGGCAUGGACGGUACGCACCGGCAAGUGAUUGUCAGCUACGAAGUGAAGUGGCCCAACGGUAUCACCCUGGAUUUGGUUCGCAAACGCGUGUACUGGGUCGACGCGAAGCUGAACGUUAUAUCGUCCUGCAACUACGAUGGCACCAAGCGAUCGGUAAUACUCUACUCGGCGGACUUCCUGCGGCAUCCGUUCUCGAUAACCACUUUCGAGGAUUACGUGUACUGGACCGACUGGGACAAGGAAGCGGUCUUCAAGGCAAACAAAUUCACCGGAAAAGACAUCGAACCGGUGACAGCGCUGCACAUGCUGCAACACCCGAUGACGAUCCACGUGUACCAUCCGUACCGGCAGCCGGACGGCGUAAACCACUGUCAGGCGGUGAAUGGCCACUGCUCCCACCUGUGUCUACCGGCACCGCAAAUCAACUCCAACAGCCCCAAGAUAUCCUGUGCGUGCCCGACCGGUCUGAAACUGAUGAGCGACAGCUUAAUGUGUGUUGAAGACGAAAGCGCAGUCCAGUCUGCGGGCAGUGCAGAAGUCGGCGAAGGCGGUACCAUCCCCGGUGACGUUGGCAGCAGCAACGCAACGAUGCGCAAUGGCACCGACGGUACGAUCAUCCAUCCGGGCGUGGUCGAGAAUGACUCGGGCCAGGUGGCCCUCAUCGCUAUCGUUGUCAUCCUGGCGGGAGUCAGCGCCUUAGCAAUGAUCGCGUACUGCAUAUACCGCCACUACACGAAAGGACGCUCGACGGCGAUAAACUUCGACAAUCCCGUGUACAGAAAAACCACCGAGGACCAGUUCAGCCUGGAGAAGAACAUGCAAAGCCGCAUGUACCCGAGCACCGUGGGCGAAGAGGCACAGGAACCACUCACUCGACCCGCCACGAACGACUUUGUCUAGCUGCCCCCAAAAAGGACUCCCAUCGAUCGCAAUCCACCCCAAUCGGCAAUCGAUGCCCAGCAGCAGCAGCAGCAGCAAUGUGCGGUAAUGGAUGCUGAGAAGUUGGAAACCACCAGCGCGAUCGUAACGAUGGGAGUCACUAACGGAUGAUGGAAAAACUCACCAGCUUCGUCAGCAGGUCGAAACUCCAGCUGAUCGGAGGGCAACACUACUAGGCGAACGAUGGGAAGAAUAGAAAAGUAAUUGAAGCGUACGGUUUAGGUUCAGAUUCACUCACCGUCUCGAUGCGGGGUUUCGUUUUCGGGGUUUGCUUUGCGCCAUUGAAACAAACUCUUCAAAUCGCAAAACAUCAAACCUCGUUAUGUGCAAUAAUAAGUUUAGGCGACAGUUUGCUCUUUUUCUUUGUGUUGUUUUUGGCCACCUGUGUGUCAUAGUAAAAUAUUGAUUAUUAUUUGUUCAGUAGUACGAAGGGAACGGGCAGGUUUCGGAUUACGGUGUAGAGGGUUCGUUUCUGUUUUUGUAGUAAUUGUGAUUGUAAAUCGACGCGCUACGGCAACAGCUACGAGCACCAUUCGUACUUUUUGGUUUUUGUUUCGUUUCCAAUUAAGUUAGACUAGGCACUGAAACGGAGAGUUUAAAAUCGCAGGCAACCGGUCGGCGGUCUCGCCACUCCUUGCCGUAAAGUGUUAGGAAUUGAGUGAGUGUGUGCGUAGGCAAGAGGCGGCAAAAUUUAACGGCUGUAGAACCGAGUACUCUAAGGACGAGCAGUUCCGGCGGAAGAGCGUAGUGGCGCAUUGAAGUAGACGGUGAUAAUUGAGAUUAUUAUUUUUUUUUUUUUUGUUCUUUCUCCUGUAUGUGCUAGGGAACUGGGGUAGGCGGAGGACCUGCCAAAAAAGUGAAACUUUAGUGCAAA